CUCCUUCUAGGUCAGUAAAAUAUCUUCUUUGUCCACUGCUUCACUUCUUUUGGAAAUUUUCUGGUUUGUAUUUUUCUGGUGAUUCGUACUCCCUUUUUACCGUUUAAUUUCUUUUAUUAUUGUGUUUGUGGGUUUUGUUUAAUUUCGUUUAAUUUGUGGGUAAUUUGUUGUUUGAGUUCGAUUUUGGGGCUGCGGGUUCAUUAUAAUUCUGGGUAUUCAGAUCCACGUCGGGCGCGUGCUUCUUCGGUUCUAUGAUCAUAUUAAAGGACAAAAGGUUUCAUUAAUUGUGCUUCCACUGUUUUGAGGUUGCUGUUUCUGGGUUUGUUCACUUUUGGAGAUGGGAUCAGGUGGGUGGUGCAUUGAGAAAAGAUCCAGUUUUAGACAUGAGCCAAUGAAGGACUUUGAGAGUGUAUCUGAAAUUGGGUGUCUCUCCGUUAUUGUGCUCGGCGCUUCGGGUGAUCUUGCAAAGAAAAAGACUUUUCCAGCACUUUUCCACCUUUAUCGACAGGGAUUCCUACCAUCUAGUGAAGUUCACAUUUUUGGCUAUGCAAGGACCAAGAUUUCAGACGAAGAGUUGAGAAAACGCAUACGCGGAUAUCUUGUUCAUGGCAAUAGCGCUUCACCUGAGCUGUCAGAAGAUGUAUCUAAGUUUUUGCAACUGAUCAAAUAUGUUAGUGGUUCUUAUGAUUCUGAGGAAGGAUUUCGUUUAUUGGAUAAGGAGAUUUCUGCACAUGAAUUUUCAAAAGGCAGUGCAGAAGGCUCAUCUCGUAGACUCUUUUAUCUUGCACUUCCUCCUUCAGUAUAUCCAUCUGUCUGCAAAAUGAUUAGGCACUGUUGUAUGAGCAAAUCUGAUGUUGGUGGAUGGACUAGAAUUGUUGUUGAGAAACCUUUUGGGAGAGAUUUGGAUACUGCGGAGCAACUUAGCACCCAGAUUGGAGAGUUAUUUGAUGAGACUCAGAUUUAUCGUAUCGAUCACUAUUUGGGAAAGGAGUUAGUGCAGAACUUGUUGGUACUUCGUUUUGCAAAUCGCUUGUUUUUGCCCCUAUGGAAUCGUGACAACAUUGACAAUGUUCAGAUUGUGUUCAGGGAGGAUUUUGGAACUGAUGGUCGUGGUGGAUAUUUUGAUGAAUAUGGAAUUAUCCGUGAUAUUAUCCAAAACCAUUUAUUACAGGUUUUUUGUCUUGUUGCAAUGGAAAAGCCUGUUUCUCUCAAACCUGAACACAUCCGUGAUGAAAAAGUUAAGGUUCUUCAAUCAGUACUGCCAAUCAAAGAUGAAGAGGUAGUUCUUGGACAGUAUGAAGGCUACAGAGAUGACCCAACAGUUCCUGAUCACUCUAACACUCCUACUUUUGCCACUGCAAUUCUGAGAAUACACAAUGAAAGAUGGGAAGGUGUUCCAUUUAUACUCAAAGCAGGAAAAGCAUUAAAUUCAAGGAAGGCAGAAAUACGAGUUCAAUUUAAAGAUGUUCCUGGUGAUAUAUAUAAAUGUCAAAGACAAGGAAGGAAUGAAUUUGUAAUACGCCUGCAACCUUCAGAAGCCAUUUACAUGAAGCUUACGGUCAAGCAGCCUGGGCUGGAAAUGUCUACUGUGCAAAGUGAACUAGACUUAUCAUAUAGGCAACGAUAUCAAGAUGUUACAAUUCCAGAGGCCUAUGAACGUCUAAUUCUUGACACAAUACGAGGUGAUCAGCAGCAUUUCGUUCGCAGAGAUGAGUUGAAGGCUGCCUGGGAGAUUUUUACACCUCUUUUGCACAGAAUUGAUGAUGGUAAACUGAAACCAAUCCCAUACAAGCCAGGCAGUCGAGGUCCAGCUGAAGCAGAUGAGCUGCUGGAAAAAUCUGGUUACGUUCAAACACAUGGCUACAUAUGGAUACCUCCGACAUUGUAAGAACUUGGCAUUUCCCCGCCCGAAUAAAUCUCCUUCAAGUUUCUGCAUAAGCUGGAGUUUUGUUUAGGAUCAAUGUGUAUCAACACAUCAAUAAUGUACCAUAAGCUGGAGUUUUGCUUAAGGUCCAUGUGUAACUAUUAAUAAUGUGCUAUAGUCCAACCUCAUAGUUUAUCCACCUGAGCCUGUAUCUCUGUUGUUGACACAACUAGAUUCACAGCUGUUAGCAGAUGCAAAGAAUCAUGAAUAUGAAUGUGUGUUGUGUAUUAAAAUACCAUGUAAUAAAUUUUAUACACAAGCUCUUGACAAAGACUAUACAUGUAUAACAGAUGUGGUGUUAACACAGCCAUUAUGGCCUCAUUUUGAAACA